UAGCGUAAUAUGUAUAACGGAAUUAUAUUAUAUAAAACUUUCUAUGCUAAAAAGACUCUUUAUUCGAAUAGAAAAUCAAAUAAUGGAAUUGAUUUGUUGAACAGAUUGAGUCAGAAAAGAUUAAUAAUUCCGUGUAUAUAACGCAGGUGGCGCUCCAGCUAUUGGCUAGUAGUUACUCUGAAAUUAUAAUCUUUAGGGAUACUUUUGUAUCAUUGUAGAAAAUGUUUAAAUUGAGCUGCUGAACUUGACACACGUGGUGAAACGAUAUGAUCAAUAGCUAGAAACUUUUCAUUUUAAUAUUUCACGAUUAUGAUUUUGUUUCCCCUAUAUUUUGAAUACGUGGUUUUAUUUACUUCCUCUAACUCGACUCAUUGGACGAAUUUAAGUGAAAUAAUAUCGCGAGGCACUUCACGGAGAAAAUGGGAACUAAAACGUGGAAGAGAUACCGAAUCAUCUAAAGUAACAGUCUAGUCUAUGUCCUCCCUCUGUCUUUGAUAUAGGAAUACGUAUGGACUGUGGACACCUGUGCGUGCGGCAAGCACCAACUGUCUGUAUACGUGAGAGUGCAUGCGUGGGUGUCGCAGCAGGCGUUUCUUUAUGAAUAGAGUAAUGGUGCUCCCGCCUUGAGUGGUUCGCGAAUCAGCGAGUGUGGAUUUUUCAGUGAAAAGUUGUGCCGGAAUUAAGUAAAAGAAUUUAGUGCUAUUAAAUGCAGCCUCAGCAGCGUACCUAUCGUUCUUCGGAAUUGACUGUGCAACUUGCUUGGUACACGUCAAACGUUCAGUACAAGGGAAAGGGAUAACAAAAACAUCUGUAUUCGAAGUAUAUAGAUAGAGAAGGUACACAGAAUCCACCAUAGAAAUGAUAGACAAUCGCAUCUCGAUAAUCGUAGAAAUCACGAUAGAGGGAUCUUUACCACCGGAAGCGUCAUGCUACGUCGUCUAACCGCCGAAGAUUCGCAAAAAUCUCUCCCGCGAGGUAUCGCUUUUAUUCUUCUUUCAAAACCGACAGCUAAAUACGCGAGAGAUCGCGCAUCAGCCAGUUAGUCUGGCCGUUCAUCCUUCUGCCUGGUCGUCUACCCCUUCUGAACCGUCCUGACACAACGUUUAACGGGGGUAUAAAAAGAAUAAACAUGGUGGCGGCGUGAGAGAGAUAGAUAAGGAGAAUCGCGAGAAAGGAGAAGGACGGAGAAAGAGGAAGGGUGGGAGAGAGAGAGAGAAAGAAAGAGAAGUCAGCCAGCUAGCUAGCCAGCCAGCCAGUCAGUGUGCCAGAAGCGACGAACUUCGUUUCGUGCUUGCCUUUGUUUCGAUGAAAAAUAAUCUGUCGUUCCUGAACAUCCACCCAACUUUUGCAUUUAUUCAUUUAUUAUCGUCUUAACGAACGAGAACAAAGAGACGAAAGUAACAAGUUUCUCACGAUUAACGCUGAGAGAGGACGUUUCGCUUGUAAACAGUUAUCAAGGUGCGGCCACGUUCAUCGUAUUCGCGGUGUUUGCUUCGAUUUUCAUGCGUGCACGGGGUCCACGACCGAGCGUGUGAGAAAUUCAGCAUAUUGUCUGGCAACGCGGUGCGGCUCGAUUUCGAUUUUGCAGUGUCGUCGUAGGUGUGAUAAUAUGAUAUGUUGCAAUCGAAAAAAUUCGCCACGAUUUGACGACGACGAACGUUCGCCGGGUUGCUAUCGCGAGCAAUCUUCGUUCGAAUUGAUAUAAUGUGAACGAUUUAGCUACGAACCACGGGGAAUGUCGACGCAUGUAAAUAGAACACGUUCGUCCGUGAUUAUACGAAUAAUUAACUGCCCGACUCUCGAAGACUCGAGAAGCUGUACUUUUCUAAUAAAAAUCCGUCAAUAAAAUUCUGCUGCUAGAAAAGAUAUUCAUCGUGUACGACGUUCAUGACCAUCGAAUGACUUUCCAUCGAUUAUCAACGAUCAUUCGACGAGGACGAUUUACUUUUAGAAUCCUCUUGGCGACAAAUCGUUCGAAUCGAAUCGUAUAUGGCUGUUCUGAUUAACGGUUAUUACGCUUCAAGAAAGGUGAAUCUCGUCGAGAGUGAACAUCCAUUGUACGAAAAACGACGAUGUCGUUACUUUGACAGAGCUUGACGUACAUUCUAUUCGAAAGUUUGUCGGUUGAAGAAACUGGGGAAAAAAAAAGGAGAAAGAGGAAAAGGAAAAAAGAAAAUAUUCAAUGGAACGAAGUCGUUCGUGUUGGCCGGCCUGGUGCCAAUAACCUCCAGUCAGAGAGGUGGUAGACAGUUUUCGCACGAUGCGUUUGCCCUCGUGCUUGAUAGAUUAUAAAAUUAGACGUUCGAAACUUCGUACGAAGGUAAAAGGAGCAUCGCGUCGUUCCAAUGCGGUAAAGAAGGUGGAGACACUGGCUGGUGAUAACGAGCGAAGGGUCAAGCGACGAAGGGAAUUAAUACAAGUCGGAUGAAUAAUUCUGAGGGGGGUAGACAGCUGUGCAUGGUAGUCAGAAGUGACGUCAGUCGUGUUGGGUUCAUAGUUCCUCUUAUUUUCAUCGUUCGAAGCCGCGUACAGAGGCCGUGCACGAAGGGGUGACAACGAAAGCGGCGAACACGCGAAAUAAAGAAAGAAAGAAAGAAAGAAAGUAAGAAAGAAUAUAACCGUCGACGACCACGUCGAGCUUUUUUAACGAUCGACGAUCGUCGCUCGCGCUCGCUGCAACAAGAAGAAUCAUCACAAUUUCUAGUCCGCUGCAUUUACAUCGAGAAGUCUUUUUUUUUCUUCUUUCCUUUCUCGACGAAAUAUUUUUAGACGAUCGAUUGUAUUUGAAGCCGCACGUGCGACCGCUUCAUCGGCAUCAGGCAUCGAAUCUUAUUCGACACGCUCUUCUAAAGAAUUAAUGCGCAUUUAUCGAGCACGCAACGCAGUUUGUUCGUAAUAUGCUUCGUAAAGUCUUAGGAGAGUUAAUUAAUAAUUUCAAGGUUCACUAAAUAGUCGUGGAGGAGACAAAGUAUAGAAAGAAAAGGAGAAGCAUUUCGCACGUUUCAUUUCAGCAGACACCGAGAACGAGACUGAGAUUCAAAGCGCAUUAAAUCCUUUUAAGUCGAUUAAUUUAUUCGAGGCGAACUAACUUACGCGAAAAGCUAGUUAACGAGAUCGGCAGAUUGACUAGAUUUACUCCUAUAUUAUACAUAUAUAUUGUAUAGAAAUAUAAAAUAAACCGACGUAGAUCUGCAAACUCUGGAAAACGGGAAGGAAGAUCGAAGUAAGGUGAGCAAUAACAAUCGCGUUUAACUAGCGUAUUAAUCUCAACGAACCAAUAUGUUUUUUAUCCAAACGACAAUACACGGUGACACGUCAGAAGAAAUAAUAAUAUCCGAAAUCACGAGAGAAAGAAGACCUUAGAGAAAGAAGACACCUUAUCGAUCCGUAUCGGGGUACGAGUAAUCAUCCAAUGAUUGCUUGUUUCAUUUCCUUCGAUAAACGACCCGUUGGUCUGCCCGGGACGAAACACACGCUCGAACAUCAUCGUCAAAUGGACACAAAUGACUAGCUUAACGUUAUCUUCGAGCACGUUCGAGAUGCCCCGGUCUAGACCAAAACUGUUCGUACCCGCGAACGCGAUCUCAACGCAGACUUUCACCGCUCCGACCAGCGAAAGCAAUCAUCUACCACCCCUGAAGAGUAACACGUUAGCUUUGAAGCAGUCUGCCAGUGAAUCGUCGCCUAGUUACUUGACCCGCACCAGUCACAUGGCUGGUACUCAUCUGCCGAGCUUAAGUUCCAGCGCUAACAACAGCCUGCUCAGCCUGACCGGGAACUCGGAAAGUUUAAACUUGAGCCUGAGCUCGCACACAAGCCACAACUCGAGCCACAAUUCGAGUCACAAUUCGAGUCAUAAUUCGAGUCACAAUAAUUCCAGUCAUAACUUCACUCAUAAUUCCAGUCAUAAUUUCAGUCAUACCACCACCACCACCACCACCACCACAGCUCACGAGUCUCAGCAUACGCAGUCAAACAGUCAAUCGAGCACCGCGUUGGUGGUGAAGAAUGGAUGUUCGAACGGAAGUUCCUGCGGCAGUGGUAUACGUAAGCCGAAGACGAUUACCGCCACGCCCGAUGUCGUGCUGAAGAUUUACGUGGAUAAGCUGACGCCUUACGAGCACCAUGAGAUCUUUAAUUAUCGGCAUAUAUACUUUAUCGGGGCGAACGCGAAGAAGAGGCCGGGGAUAAUCGGUCGGCCUCACAACAACGGCUACGACAACGAACAUGGUUCCUAUAUCCACGUGACUCACGAUCACGUGGCCUACAGGUACGAGGUGCUGAAGGUGAUCGGUAAAGGGUCGUUCGGUCAGGUUGUGAAAGCGUACGAUCACAAGAAACAGGAGCACGUUGCCCUGAAGAUGGUGAGGAACGAGAAAAGGUUCCAUCGUCAGGCACAGGAAGAAGUGAAGAUAUUGAGGAAGCUACGCGAACAAGAUAAAGACGACACGAUGAAUAUCAUUCACAUGUUCGAUUCGUUUACGUUCCGUAACCACAUGUGCAUCACCUUCGAAUUGCUCAGUAUUAACCUGUACGAGCUGAUCAAGAAGAACAAGUUCCUGGGCUUCAGUAUGCAGCUCGUGAAGAAGUUCGCGCACUCGCUGCUACAGUGCCUCGACGCUCUUUACAAGAACAGGAUCAUUCAUUGCGACAUGAAGCCGGAGAAUGUUCUUUUGAAACAGCAGGGACGCAGUGGUAUCAAGGUGAUAGACUUUGGUUCGAGCUGCUACGAGAACCAACGCGUCUACACGUACAUUCAAAGUCGCUUCUAUCGCGCUCCGGAGGUGAUCCUUGGCGCUAAGUACGGUAUGCCGAUCGACAUGUGGAGCCUCGGUUGUAUCCUGGUGGAGCUGGUUACCGGUUUCCCAUUGCUACCAGGCGAAGACGAGGCGGACCAACUAGCCUGUAUCAUCGAGUUGCUAGGCAUGCCACCGCCUCAGCUGUUAGAAUCGGCGAAACGGCGCAGGCAGUUCAUCAGCUCGAAGGGUUAUCCGCGCUAUUGCACCGUUAUAACGAUGUCCGACGGAUCGAUCGUAUUGAACGGCGGUUUCUCCAGGAAAGGCAAAGACCGUGGCCCACCGGGUUCCAGGAAUCUGAGACAGGUGUUGAAAAAUUGCGAUGACCCGUAUUUCCUGGAUUUCAUUCAUCAUUGUCUCAAAUGGGACCCGGAACAACGGCUGACACCUGGCAAAGCGUUGAAACACAUAUGGCUGCGUCGCAGGUUACCAGAGCUUCCAGAGAAAACGAACGACGCUCUGCCAGCGUUGCCGGCAGCCUCUGCGCCGCCUACCUCCGCUUCCGGCCUUCGUACUUCCGCGUCCGGUAGGAAGAGCUCGACCAAGUCGAACACCCUGCAGACCAACAAUACGGAGAACACGAACAAGGUGAAACAGUUCAACGACAUCUUCCACACAAUGUCUACCAUUUAUUCGGCGCUGCAACGUAACGACGGUACAAGAGCAAGAGGAAAGGGCCAACCGGUGGCAACGAAUCAUCAAACGGCAACCGUCAGCAGUCAUCCAUCUUUGAACUCUAUUAGUGGUGACGCUAGUAGUAGCGGCGGUGGUGGUGGUGGUGAUGGUAGCAGCAGUAGCACUAGUGGUGGUCAACAGCAACAGCCUCAGCAGCAGGCACAGCCGCAGCAACAGCAGCAGCAGCAGCAACAACAGCAGCAGCAUAGUCACCAAUUGCAAGGAAAACAACAGCACAACAAUGGUUCGCACGGCUCGCACGGAUCUCACGGUUCUCAAGGAUCCCAUGGUUCUCAUGGAUCGCACGGAUCCAACGGAUGGAGCAUAUCGUUCCUCGAGUGGCUGGAAACGGUGGACAAUGAUUAGCAAGGACAUUCUCGAGGAACCGAGACGAUUCGUAAGAAAUACGAGGUCAGCCUUACUACCUUUUUCUAACACGUUUACCGUGUGAUCGAUACCGUGAUCGUUGGCCUCGUGUCUCGUUGGCUCGUCGGAUAAUCGUCUGUCUCGACGAUCGUCUUUCGACGCGUUGUCACAACUCGUUGUCGAACGAUACCGGGAUGUACUAAUGGUGUUCCUGCCUGUGGUAAUAUAUUCGCUCGACGAGACAAGAUUCCUCGGAGUCAAAGGAGAGAGAGAGAAAGAGAGAGUAACAGAGAAAGUGGCCUCGUCUUCGACCUCCGGAUACUACUGUGAUCUACGCGAUAUGUUACUGCAAAAAAAGAAAAGAAAAAGGAAAAAUAAGAAAAAAAAGAAAGAAAGAAAGAAAGAAAGAAACGAAAGAACUGGUGAAAAGGGCUGAAGGGAUUGAAAAAUCGAUCGCGAUACCUCGAAUCAUGUACCUCGCCUAGCUUGGCGUUGCUCUCCAAUUUGCUUGUCCAGGAUCCGUUUCUCGUCGCCGUUUGCUCGAAAAAAGGUGGCGUUGCACGAUCUCGGUCGCGUUUGAUCGAGGACGAUUGCUUUUGAUGUUCACUUUUGUGGUCGACCACUCGAUACGAUUCGCAAAGAUAUCUCCCGCUGUGUGUGCGUUAACACGUUACGUGUAUUCGUUCGUUCGUAUCUUCUGCGUCGCGUUUGCGUCCUAUUAUCGCGAAAACAGGGAGGACGACCACCGAGGUUAUUGUGCCAAGGGAAGCAGGGGAACCAAAGAUUUGCGCCACGUCGAUGAAUCGAUUCUCCGAAGGUGAGAAGCGGUAGUCGAGAGGUUUAUUCAGUUGACGCGCGACCGUUCUCUAUGAUACCGAGGAGGAGGGUCGCUCGGCGAAGCUCGUUCGUGGAUAUUUAGGACGUGGAUAUGUAGACAUUACCGAGGCGCCGCAAUACGAGGACCUUUUCACGUUCAACUAAGAAAUCUAAUAAUCAAAGGGCAUGUGCCUCGCUGAAUAGAUCGAUCCGAGAAGCUUUUUAGGUCAGAAAAUUCCUCUGUAAUACUAUCGGUAUCGAGCAGAAGGGAAGGUUGAUUUUCCCUCGGGUGUGCCAGCGUAAUUGUUGAUUAAAGGAGAUCAAGCUUGUCUCCUUCGGCUCGAGCCGAAGCAUCGAUCAAACGGGACACGACGAUCGUGAAAACGAUGGAUGCUGUUUUUCCAAGAACAUGAAGGAACCGACGUCGAUAUCGAGAAAAAAAGAUUCAUAAGAUACAAAGGCAUUAGCAUUCGCUACGCGUUUCUUUUUCUUCCUCUACCUUUUUAAUGUAAUUUCAAUUUCGUUCUCUUUCUUCUUUCUUUUUAACGUGACAUUCGAAGUAAGCAUUUUAGCCGCGUUAAAUUAUUUCGAGCGAAAGUGCCAAGCUUGAUCGCAAGUUCCUUUAUCUUUUUCUCGCUAAAAAAAAAAAAGUGAAUAAA